GAAGACAGCUGCCUUCAGAUGAUACAGAACUCACUGACAGUUGCUCUUGCUUCAGUCCUACUUCAUGAGAACUUCAGAAGAUACUAACUGAGCAGAUGGUACGUGAACAAUACACUACGACAACACCAGGCACUAGCCUAGAGAGGCCGAAGAAUGAAUAUGUCUACAAAAUUGGAAUUUAUGGCUGGAGAAAGCGUUGCCUCUACCUAUUUGUUCUCCUCCUGCUUAUCAUCCUAGUUGUGAAUUUUUCUUUGACAAUUUGGAUUCUUAAAGUGAUGUGGUUUUCCCCAACUGGAAUGGGACACCUGCGUGUUACAAAAGAAGGUCUUCGUCUGGAAGGGGAAUCUGAAUUCUUAUUCCCUCUUUAUGCCAAAGAAAUCCAUUCUAGAGUGGACUCAUCACUGCUUCUCCAGUCUACUCACAAUGUGACUGUGAAUGCUCGCAAUUCGAAUGGGGAAGUCACAGGCAGAUUAAAUGUGGGUCCUAAAAUGGUAGAAUUCCACGGUCAGCAAUUUCAGAUCAACUCAAAGGAUGGAAAGCCACUUUUUACAGUGGAUGAAAAUGAGGUUGUAAUUGGCACAGAUAAGCUUCGAGUCACAGGGCCUGAAGGAGCACUUUUUGAACACUCUGUAGAAACACCACUUGUAAAAGCAGAAGCUUUUAAACAGCUUAGGCUGGAAUCACCAACACGAUCUUUGAGCAUGGAUGCACCACGAGGAAUUAAUAUCAAAGCACAAGCUGGGAAUAUUGAAGCUCUUUCGCAGAUGGAUAUCAAACUACACAGCAGUGAUGGUGUGCUUUUGCUCGAUGCUGAAACUGUGCGACUGCCCAAACUGCCUGAGGGUACAAGGGGUGGAUCCGGUAUUUCUCAGGGGCUCUAUGAAAUCUGUGUGUGUCCAGAUGGAAAGCUCUACUUGUCAGUGGCUGGCGUGGGCUCCACCUGCCAAGAGUACAGCCGUGUCUGCCAAUGAGGCACCAGAAAAGGCCGCACACCCCCUUGCGCAUCUGAGUUUUGUAUUACUGCUAAAAAGCAUUACUGAAAGAGUAUUUUUCAGAAUUUAAAAAACUAAGUACUUCAAUUUAGGAAGCAAAUUUGUAUCUACAGUUCUGGACUACAGGGUGUAAGGGGAAGAAGAGCACAAAUGAUAUUUCAGCUUCAGAAGAAUGACUUGAAUCAAAUUACAUGUUCUGUCAGUAACACUUUGAAAACAGCCUUAUGGAGAGCAUAAAAAAAUAAAACUAAUAUGUUUCCUUGCUGAACUAUUAUUCAGUUCAGAUGUUUAUGUCAUUGUUCCUAUUUUUGAGAUCCGUGGGUUUUUUCUCUCACUACUUGUAAGCACUUACUGUAUGAGUGGGUGAAUUUAGAUUGAGGGAACUACUUGAACUAUUUGCUAAGACAAAGCAUUAUUUGGAGAAUUCAGAAAGUGCCAGCAAAUGGUCUAUGCAAUUUUGUUCUUGCAAUAACACAUGAUAUAAAAAUGUGAUAUUUGUAUAAGUUCUCUGUAAAAGGUGUUAAUUUGCUAAAGCUUUCUAUUUUAAUUUGGCAACGUAUAUGCUGAUUUGCUUAUUAAUGAGAUUCAUAUAAAAAUAACUAAUAGUAAAAACUCCAGAAGUCAUUAAUACCUUCGUGCAUCUCAUUUCUGUCCACUAUACAACAGAGAAAUACGUUAUUAAAUUUUAUAAUAGCAGUUGUUUGUUCUACUGCCUGUACUAUCAUAUUCAUUUAAAUCCUUUUUUAUUUUAGGACAUGCUAAUUCAAUAAGGCAAUUUGUUCUGCCAGCUGGACCACUAAAAAGAAAAAAGUGUGGCUUCAGAUUGUCUGACACAAGGAAUUGUUUUAGCAGUGGGGAAAAAAGUUCUUUUACACAGCCCACAGGUUUCAAUUAACAGGAAUAUUUUAUUUCUGUCUGCAGCUGUUGACUGAUAUUUCUGAUCCUGACAGAGUGGGACUCCAUCACAAAUGGACAGAAUAAAACUGCUCUUUAUUUUUUACAUUAGGACUUGGGUUACAAAAUAAGUGCUCACCGGAGUUGACAAACUCUUUAUUAACCUUGUAAAGAAAUACAGCUGCAGACCCAUUCCCCUGUACAGUGUUGCACUGAACACAAAUAAAUUGUUUGCACA